AGAGGAUGCUAUGAUUAUCAUCGAGGAUGAUAAUUAUAAUAACUCAACAGAUAAUUUUAAGCGAUUUAGGAAUAUGCAUCGCCAUUUUAACUCGUCAAUGAAUCAAUUUAAUGAAGAACACGAUGCGAUGAGAAGAAAUCAGGAAUUUAAUAACAACGAAGCUAAUAAUAAUAACAACAACGACAAACACCACUUCUUUGUUAGUUACUAUGGAAUCGUUGAGCCAAUUUGA